AUGACAACGGCCGCUCAACACCAGCAAUCUCAACAAUCGCACUCGCAGCUCGGCUUCGUCGUCGCCGACACCUACGAUCCGGAUGAGGUGGUCCCUCGCGACAGCCCCCUCAUGACUCCGCUCCGUCCUCGGCUCGCACCAUCUCCGAGUCCCCCCCCAGAUAUUCCUCCAGCCCAAGUCAGUCCUGCCUUUCUCGACGAUCGCGACAAGUCUAAUCGCCACAAGGUCCGUCCUAAUUCGGGGGAUGCCAUCCUGGUCGCCUAUCUCGACAACGGACGCGACCCCGAGAUCGCCCGUGUCGCCGCUCGUCAGGUCCUACCCUGCGACGAGGACUCCCCGGACGACGAGUCCAGUCUUGAUGGCCCCACCGACGAAGUUGUCAUGACCGUUCCCUCGCUUCAGCACCUAGCCGCCGAUGCACUGCAAGCUUUCGCCACGGGUCCGGCUCCCCUCCCGAGUCCGGCCUCCAUCAUAGCUCUUAAAGCUACCCCCGACAUAUCGGUCUCAACCCGUCAACUCUCUAUCCGCGAUGACUUUCCCGCAGUUACAGUCCCUGCUGUUCCGUAUCCAUUCUCCGGGUCCAAUAACAAGCCUGUUGCCAAGUCUCCCCCGAUAGCUGUCCUCACAACUGCCAGUGGAGAGCUCCCCCCGAUUCAGAUGGACUCUCCUCGUUCCGAUUCGAAUGGCCAAAUGCUUCCCUCAAUCCGCUCAACCCUUGGCGAUUUCAACCGCUUGCCUCCCGAAUCAAUGGCUCCGGUAGAGAAGGAGCUUGUUUCCCGCCACGGGCCUGGACCAGGUUUUCCCGGCUCUCCAUCGGGUGGAAUCCCCCGGUUUACCCCCAUCGCUAACCCCCAUGCCUCACCUCCCAUUUCACCAAACGAAGUCUACUCGCGAAAUCUCCCGUCUCCACGUUCGUUAUCAGCUUCGAGCCCCUAUUACUAUAACACCAAUGGCAUCCACCAGCGCUCCAAUGCCGAGUACAGUAGUAGUGCCACGGGAGAAACUCCCAGCACCGAUCACUCCGCCUCCACGCCGGCCACGUCGACCUCUGUUGCUGAUCGAAUGAGCAUUGAUGGCAUCACCAAUCCUCAAGUUGGCGCAUAUGUUUGUACUUUUACUGGGUGUACCGCUCCUGCAUUUCAAACCCAAUAUCUACUCAACUCUCAUGCCAAUGUGCAUUCGUCAGCUCGUCCACACUACUGCUCCGUUCAAGGCUGUCCUCGAAGCGAAGGUGGAAAGGGCUUCAAGCGCAAGAAUGAGAUGAUCAGGCAUGGCCUCGUCCAUGACUCUCCGGGAUACGUUUGUCCAUUCUGCCCUGACAGGGAGCACAAGUAUCCCCGUCCGGACAAUCUACAGAGACACGUUCGUGUGCAUCAUGUGGACAAGGACAAGGACGACCCGGCCCUACGGGAUGUUCUCUCUCAGCGGCCCGACGGGCCCAAUCGCGGUCGUCGAAGGCGGGGUCCGCCAUCAUAA